GAUAUCCAGUUUUUCCGUGAGGCUUCUGACGUUCAGUUCGAUGAGACUGGCAACCGGAAGAGAAAACACAGAUACGGCGAUGAGGAUGAAAUCGAGAUGGAACAACAAGAACGAAAGCGAAGACAAAUGCUCAACAAAGAGUUCAAACUCUUUGCCGAGCGAGUAGCCGAGGCAGCAUCGACGUCUAUGGGUGAAACACUCGAAGUUGACAUCCCCUUCAGUGAAUUGUCGUUCGAGGGAGUGCCGUUCCGCACCAACGUCCGAUUGCAGCCCACAACAGAAUGUCUCGUGCAUCUCAUCGACCCUCCAUUCCUUGUUGUCACCCUCAACGAGAUCGAGAUUGCUUCGCUGGAACAUUUCACCAAAGCGCCGUUACACAUCAAUUCAAUACCGAGUGGUCAACUUGAUGAUGUGAAGAAUUGGCUAGACUCGGUCGACAUUCCUCUCGGUGAAGGCCCGGUCAACUUGAACUGGAGUCCUAUCAUGAAGACUAUCAAUGAGAGCCCGUGUGAUUUCUUCCAGCAAGGCGGUUGGCGAAGUUUCCUCGGUGGGGGUGAUGCCGAUAGCGAUGCAGACGUGGGUUCGGACAGCGAAUCUGAGUUUGAGGCAGAUCCUGAGGAACUGCAGUCUGAGGAGAGCAGCGCUGAUGCUAGUGAGUAUGAUGGCUCAGAUGCGAGCGACGACUCAGGAAGUGGUUCGGGUUAUGAUGAUGAUAGCGAUGACGGUGAUGACUGGGAAGAGCUAGAAAGGAAAGCUGCUAAAUCCGAUUCAAAGCGAGCCGCCGAGGCAAAGGGAACUCGCGGAGACUCCGAAUCAGAUGAUGACCGACCUAAAAAGAAGAAGGUCGCUGCUAAACCCAAGACGAACGGCAAAAGCAAGAAGCGGUGA